GGGUUUCGACCCGAAACGUCACCUAUUCCUUUAUCGCCAGAGAUGCUGCCUGGUCCGCUGAGUUACUCCAGCAUUGUAUGUCUAUAUCCAGUAGUAGAUGUGGUGUUUGGGAAUAAAGACCCCAGUCAUUUCCACGGUGUUUGUCAGCGGAGGCUGUGUGAAGCCGGCAGUGUCUGUGCUGAGAUUUGUCGGAGGUUGAGCGCGUAGGCAUGCAUCUCUCUGCAGGGCUUCGACUUGUGAAUGAGUGUGUGAGUGUGUGUUGUGCGUGUGACCGCACAGCCCCGCUACUGAAACAGCGCAAGCUGCUCAAAUCAAAACAAAGUCAAAGCAGCGACAGAUCGCUGAGAGAUAGCUCUCGGGAAAGACAUCUGCGCAGACCUGUGCUGCAUUUCUUAAUAUUUCAUUCGCUCUCAAUUCAGAAGAACAAAAGUCAUCAAGUUUGUUUUUCUUCUUAAUAAUUAAUCUACCAAACCAUGGCUUGCCCGGAGACACACCCUUUUUCAACAGAAGCGUCAGAUUGUGAUGCCACAUCGCCGCUCCAACUGAAGAAAGGCAUGUCUAUUUUCCUGGACAUUUUACGAAGAGCUGACAAGAAUGAUGAUGGCAAGCUAUCCUUUGAUGAAUUCAAGGCUUAUUUUACUGAUGGAGUUCUCAACACAGAAGAGAUGCAUGAAUUGUUCCGUAUCAUUGAUAGCAGCCACACUGACAACCUCAACAUUGAGGAAAUAUGUGAAUUCUUUUCUCAACAUUUAGGAGAGUUUGAAAAUGUCUUGGCAGCUCUAGAAGAUCUGAAUAUUUCUAUAUUAAAAGCAAUGGACAAAACAAAGCAAGAUUACGAGAAUUCAAGUAAUUUGGAACAGUUUGUGACACGUCUUCUGCUGAAAGAAACUGUAAACCAGUUUCAGUCUUUGCAGAAUUCCUUGGAAUGUGCGAUGGAAACUACAGAGGAGCAAACGCGCCAGGAAAGACAAGGCCCAGUAAAACCGGAGCAACUUUCAAUCAACUGGUCAGGAAAACGAGCCAUUCGAAGACUUCAGAGAUAUAAUAGCCUGUCUCCAAACAAUUCUAAUUUCAGCAUCUUAAACUCAGAUGAGGACAUCCAGUGGAUGACCCAGAUAAACAGACUUCAGAAGCUAAUUGAUCGCCUGGAAAAGAAGAACUUGAAGCUGGAACCAUUGGAGGAAGAAGUAAUGCAGGAAAAUGCUAAGUCUCAUAUUCUUAUUGUUCAGCGACAGAUGUCAAUACUGGAAGAAGAACUGGAAGUAUUCCGUUUAGCUUUGAGACAGUAUGUGGUAUCUGCAACCACACAAACAGGAUGCUUGCAUAUUUCUGUACAGAAGCUAACAAACGAAUCCCGCUUUAUACUUUAUGAAUUCUGGGAAAACACCAACCUCUGGAAAAUGCACAUCCAGACCAAUGAUAGCAAGACCUUCCAAAGGAGCAAUGUGGAUUUCUUGGAUACUCCAGAGCUAAUAACAACAAUGCUUGUACCUGCUUCAUGGUGGGUUCUGAAUAAUAACUGAAAGUGACCUUCAUUGUAGUAGAAAAAUUGUGUAGUAUGAAUUAUGUAAAAUAUCUAUAAAAUAGCUUAAUGUAUGAAAUAUUAAAAAUGAAAUAUUAAUAUCCAAAUGCAUGAAAAAUAUUACCAAUUGCUUAUAUGAUAAAUAAUGACUGGAAGUAAUGUGCCCUAGUUGAUGAAUGUUUGAUUUAUAUGCAAUUUAUAAGCACAUUAAUUAGUAUUAAAUAUUCUGUAAAACAGUGAUAUAUGUUCUGUAGUGCAGUAAUUGAUAUGUAUUCUAUUAUCACCAAUAUUAAGAUGGGUAUAUGUUUAAUGAAUUAUAAAAUAUAUUUCUUGUCAUUUAGUAUAGAAGUAGUCCAAUAAUUUUUUUAUGUUAUGCAAUUUCUCCGAGUUACCUGCCAAUAGGAAUUUAGUCAUCUGUAUACAAUCUCACUUUUAUUAACCUUGGUCAUUGUUGGAUAUCAGCUCCAGUUUAUCUUCAGCAUUCAAUGAUUUCACAAAGCAGGCUGAACAGCCGAUGACAUUGAAGAUUUCUUACAGAUAGCGAUUUGUAGUUUUUGAAUAUUUUCGAGUGUGAAAUGAAGAUUGAAUUAUAUGCAAGAUUAAGGCUGAAGUGAAAUGUCAAGAAAAAAAAUCUUAUUUUAAACAGGUACUGAAUUAUGAAAUAUUUAUGUCAUAGAAUGACUCUCCAAACAUUGACUGGGGAUAGAAAAAUUGUUAACCAAUGAUAUAUAUGUUAUUAAAAACUCAAUUAAAAAAUGGAACAUCUUUAGGGUUGUUGUAAUUGAGACCAACUCUUAAAUAGUUUUGUUCUCAUCAAUUUACUGAUUUCUGACGACUAUGCUGGAGAAGAAUUUAAAUCAUAUUCCUGAAGAAGAGUAGGGAAUUUUUUGAGGCUGAAGAAAUGGCUAAAAAAAAAGGUAACUUAAUAAAAAUGGAAAUUGCUUGCAAUAAUGUAAUUUUGCAGGCUCUAAUAGUUAUUUUAAUAUUACUCCAAUUUAAAAUGAUUUCUUCAAUGGAUUGGUUCGUAUAAACGAUGAAUCAUACUUUUGGGAUUUUAACAUUGGUAAGCAAAAAGUGAAAGUAUGUAAUUGUUGAUUAAUGUCUAUUCAUUACAAAACACAUUAAAACUUGCAUCCUGACUUGUUCAAAGU